UGCCCCCCCAGCCCAGCCUGUGCCCACACUUGGACCCUAAAAUAAUUGAUCCUCCGCCUCACCGGGUGGGGGGGGAAGGGAACACCCUCUCUUGCAACCUCUUUCAUCUUCAGACUGCCGAGUCUGGGGGGCGCUGUGCACGCCCCGUGGCGCGGAGGCUGACCUCAAGCACGGAAUCAGAGUCGCCCCUGGGAAUCUGAACGAGCCAGGGGACACCCAGUUUCUGCAACUUCCAGCCACCUAGUCACACACGAUCCCCAAGGAAGGGGCCAGAACCACGUGGCUUGGAACGCAUACUCCAUCACCACCACCACCCCCUGUUACCCCCUCUCCAGGGUUUCGAGGGUGCAGCAGCCACCUCCACUGUGCCAGACCCAGGCAGCACACGUAGGAUUGCCCGUCCUCCGGCAGCUCAGUGUGAGGAAGUGAACUCAACUUGCUUCAGAGCCGCCUCACCAUGACCUCCAAGAAGCUGGUGAACUCGGUAGCAGGCUGUGCAGAUGAUGCCCUUGCUGGCCUGGUGGCCUGCAACCCCAACCUGCAGCUCCUGCAGGGCCACCGCGUGGCCCUCCGCUCUGACCUGGACAGCCUCCGGGGCCAGGUGGCACUGCUGUCAGGAGGGGGCUCCGGCCACGAGCCCGCCCACGCUGGUUUCAUAGGGAAGGGGAUGCUGACAGGGGUCAUCGCAGGAGCUGUGUUCACCUCCCCAGCAGUGGGCAGCAUCCUGGCUGCCAUCAGGGCCGUGGCCCAGGCAGGCACAGUGGGGACCCUCCUCAUCGUGAAAAACUACACCGGGGAUCGCCUCAACUUUGGCAUGGCCCUGGAGCAGGCCCGGGCUGAGGGCAUCCCUGUGGAGAUGGUGGUCAUUGGGGACGACAGCGCCUUCACCGUCCUAAAGAAGGCGGGCAGGCGGGGGCUCUGCGGCACGGUCCUCAUCCACAAGGUGGCUGGUGCCCUGGCUGAGGCAGGUGUGGGGCUGCAGGAGAUCACGGAGCGGGUGAGCGCAGUCGCCAAGAACAUGGGCACCCUGGGAGUGAGCUUGUCCUCCUGCAGUGUCCCUGGUUCCAAACCCACCUUCGAGCUCUCUGCCGAUGAAGUGGAGCUGGGCCUGGGCAUCCAUGGGGAAGCUGGUGUGCGCCGGAUUAAGAUGGCCACAGCUGACGAGAUUGUGACGCUCAUGCUGGACCACAUGACCAGCCCCUCCAACGUGUCCCGGGUGCCUGUGCAGUCCGGAUCCUCUGUGGUGCUGGUAGUCAACAACCUGGGUGGCCUGUCAUACCUGGAACUGGGCAUCAUCGCCGACGCUGCCAUCCGCAUCCUGGAGGGCCGCAGGGUGAAGAUUGCCCGUGCCCUGGUGGGCACCUUCAUGUCAGCCCUGGAGAUGCCUGGCAUUUCUCUCACCCUUCUGCUGGUGGAUGAGCCCCUCCUGAAACUGUUAGAUGCUAAAACCAAUGCUGUGGCCUGGCCUAAAGUGGCCAAGGUCUCUGUGACCAGGCGGCAGCGGAGCCGGCCAGCCCCAACCGAGCCCCAGGAGGCCCCUGACUCCACCGCCACAGGAGGCUCAGCCUCAGAGCGCGUGGUGCCCGUGCUGGAGCGGGUGUGCACCACCCUCCUGGGCCUGGAGGAGCAGCUCAAUGCCCUGGACCGCGCUGCAGGUGAUGGGGACUGUGGCACCACCCACAGCCGUGCUGCCAGAGCAAUCCAGGGGUGGCUGAAGGCGGGUCCACUCCCUACCAGUCCUGCCCAGCUACUCUCCAAGCUGUCCGUCCUGCUACUGGAGAGGAUGGGGGGUUCAUCUGGGGCACUCUAUGGCCUGUUCCUGACAGCAGCAGCCCAGCCCCUCAAAGCCAAGACUGAUCUCUCAGCCUGGUCUGCUGCCAUGGAUGCCGGCUUGGUCGCCUUGCAGAAGUAUGGAAAGGCUGCCCCAGGGGACAGGACGAUGCUGGAUUCUCUGUGGGCUGCAGGACAGGAGCUCCAAGCCUGGAAGAGUCCAGGAGCUGAUGUGUUCCACACCCUGACCAAAGCGGUCAAGAGUGCAGAAGCUGCUGCCGAGGCCACCAAGAACAUGGAAGCUGGAGCCGGAAGAGCCAGUUACAUCAGCUCCGCGAGGCUGGAUCAACCGGACCCAGGGGCCGUGGCAGCCGCAGCCAUUCUCCGCGCCAUCCUGGAGGCCCUGCAGAGCCAGGGUGUGUGAACGCCUCCAGCCUCAGUGCCUUUCUCGCUGCUGUGCAGAGGCAGCCAUUGUCACCUCCUGCCUCCCCGCUGUCCCCUUCCCUGGCGCUCGUGCCCAGGGCUGGUCCUCUGAGUUCAGCAGGAAAUCUCCCGAGCUACUCCCAGGUCCUGACAGGGCCAGGCGCCUCUUAAGCAUGGCCCUGUUCCUUUUCACGGAGGGUGGAGUCCCAGGGUCACCCUGCUCGGUCCCUAACUAGCUCUGGGCUUCAGUGAUUAGGCAUUUUCCCUGGGUGGCAGCACAGCCUUUAACUGGCAGUGCUUGUUUGGAUUUAAGAUUUUCUGUGAAAGGCCUUCGGCACCUGCACCCGAGCCAGUGUGGAAAAGCAAGCUAAUAAAUCAAAGCAACAGAGAUGCGUGUCCUCUGAAACCUUUUCUA